AUGACAAACUCUAAUGAUAUUGAUGAGGAACAUGAACAUGAAGAUUUUGAGAAGUUUAUAAGGACCGUUCCUGAUUUCAAACAAUCUAGAUUAUCAUCGCUUUAUUCCAAUUUCGAACAUAAUAAAACGUUAAAUCAAAUAGGAUAUGAAGCAAAUAUAAAUGCUUGGAAAUCAUUACUAAUUAAAUUAACUACUUCCAAAUCAAUUCUACCUAAAUCAAUAAUAUCUUUAGAUACUACUGGAUUGAAUGAUUUUUUAACUAUUCCUAUUUAUGGAUAUCCUCAAAAUUUAGGUAAUAUACUUAAUGAAUUAAUCCAUACAAAGGUGUUUAUACCAAAUUCCGUUUAUCAAUCUAGUAAAGGAUCAUAUUUUGAUAUAAUGAAUAAUAAUUCUGGUAAUUCAAUAUUGGAUUAUUUAUCUGUUAAAUCAUGGGUAAAAUGGAGUGUUGAUGCGAUUAUUGGACAAAAUUAUUCCAUAGUUAAUAAAAAUGGUAGUUUGAAGAAUGAUAGAUUAAUUUAUUGGAAUCUGUUGGUUAAAUAUGGAGAUGAAGUAUUGAAUUAUAUUACUCAGGAUAUUAUCAAGAAAGAAGGUAAUGCUUAUUCAUCAAAAUUAUUUUCUAAUCUGAGUUUACUUGAAAAAUUGAUACAUAAAUUUCCAUACUUAACAAGUAUCGAUUUUGGUAUUCUUUUAUUAUAUUGGUCAAGAGAUAAAUCGGCAUGUAGUAUCAAGAAAUUAAAAGAUUCAGAGAUUGUAUAUAUUAAAUUUGAUUCAGGUUUAGAAUUAACUACUGAUGAUAUUGGAAUCAUUAAUAUUCAACUGACAUUGUCUCAACUCAACAAUAGAAUAAAUCAACUUGAAACUCAGAUAUCUCAAAUUAAUCCAAAAACAGUAUUAGAUCUACCUUCAAAAUCAGAUCAAUUACGUAAAUUGAAACAAUUGAAAUUACAAAAAUUAUCAUUAGUUAAAUCAUUAGAAACUUCAAAUAAAUUAUGGGAUGAACUAAAUACUAUUUUGAUUAAGAUUAAUGAUUCAAAUUUAAAUCAUGAAGUAUAUCAACAAUUAGUUUCAAGUUCUAGAAUAUUGAAAAAUUUAAAUGAUAAAGUCAGUUUGGAAGAUAUAGAUUAUGUGAAAUUGGAUAUUGAUGAGGCCAUUGCACAGGAAGAUGAAAUAAGUCAAGCAUUAGGUGUUGGUCAUGGAGUUGAAGAAUAUGAUGAUGAUGAAAUUGAAACUGAAUUACAAAAUAUGACAAAUGAAAUGAAGAAACAAGAAACUACAAAGGAGAAGCAAAGUAAAGAAGGUAUUCAAGAGCAGAAUGAAAUUGAUAAGGAUUUGUUGACCAAAUUGGACAAUUUGAAAGUGUCUGAUAUAGAGGAUAAUUCUAAACGACAAGAAGAAUCAAAACAAUUAGUACCAAACUAG